AUGAUCCGAACGUCAUAUCUUAGCUGGGGUACUGGAUCGUGGGGUGCCCGGGGGCGGCACGUGGCUGGGGAUACGAUCAGCGCAAAUGAACGCCUACGAAAACUGGACUCUAUAAACACUACCUUGAAAAGAAUUGAAAGAUUUGAGAGGAAAGUCCACACUACAACAGGAGAGAUUUGGGAUCAGAGUCUUAACGUAUGGAAGAGAAGAACUGCAGAAGGCAAUAAAGAACUGUUUGCUAAAACAGUUCAAUCAAUAUCUUACGAUAAAACGGCGAGGAGGUUAAGAUAUGCGGGAUUGCUAGAAGGAAUCCAUCAGGAAGACAACAAUGAAUACAAGAACAGUUAGUAAGAGAACACGCAAAACCCCUAAAAGGAGACGGAUAGAUGAAGUCAACGAAUAUGCAAAUAGUAGCUCAAAAUAGGCAGUGAUAAAGCCGGUUCUUUAAGCCGUUAUAAGAUUUACAAGAUCUGGAAAACCAU